AUGUCCGACUCUGCCAGCAGAUCGCUGGCCCUAGACACCUCGCUCUACCUCUCCGGAUGGCGCCUUCACAUCGUCAUCGCCUGCCUCUUCUUCGGCUCGUUCCUCAUCGCCCUCGACACCAACAUCAUCAACGUCGCCCUGCCCAAGAUCUCCUCCGACUUCGAGUCUCUCCAGGAUGUCGCCUGGUAUGGCAGCGCCUACCUGCUCACCAUCACCGCCUUCCAGCCCGUCUAUGGCUCCAUGUACACGUACUUCCGCACAGAUGUCGUGUAUCGAGUGUCCAUCUCCAUCUUUGAAGUGGGAUCAAUCCUUUGUGCCACAGCCGUGAACUCGCCCAUGUUCAUCGUGGGAAGAGCAAUCGCUGGAUUCGGCGCUGCCGGUAUUCUCCAGGGCGCCCUGAGCAUCAUCAGCCAGGUCGUCCCUCUCGAGAAACGCCCGCUGUACAUGGGCGUCGUCAUUAGUGUCUUCGUCAUCGCCGUCACGGUUGGCCCGGUCCUGGGAGGCGUCUUCACCCAGCACACCACUUGGAGAUGGUGUUUCUGGAUAAACCUCCCCAUCGGAGCCGUCGUCCUCGCUGGCCUCUACAUCUUCCUCAAGAUCCGCGGCCAGAAGACCGCAGACAGAUCCCUCCCGCUCUCGCAGAAACUUCGCCAGAUGGACGUAUUCGGCGCCCUGAUCUUCACGAGUUGCAUAUGCUGCCUCGUCCUCGCGUUACAAUGGGGUGGCCAGACAAAGCCUUGGAAAUCUGCCGAUGUCAUUGGCUGUCUGAACGUCUUUUUUCUCCCCUUCUGGUUUCAAGGUGUUCGGGGGGUCAAUGCCGUCACAACCGGCGUCAACUUCAUCCCUCUUCUGCUCCCCCAGCUCGUCUCCCUGAUCGUUGUCGGAGCUGUUGUCAAGCAGUUCGGCUACUACGUCCCCUACAUGGUGGUCGGCGAACUCAUCUGCAUCGGCGGGCAGGUUAUGCUCACGCAGCUCGAGCGCGACAGCAGCACGCUCUACUGGGCUGCCUCGUUCGUCGUGUCUGGCCUCGGCUCGGGAAUGGCCAUGCAGCUCCCGUACACGGCGGUCGCGCUCGUCCUCUCCGAUACUGAUGUCCCCGUCGGAAAUGCCAUUGCCGUCCUCUUCUACCAGCUCGGCGGCGCCAUAUUCAUCUCCAUGGGCCAGACCGUCAUCAUAACCACGAUUCUUGACCUUGUUCCCAAACGUCUGCCAGGCAUCCCGGCGGAGUGGGUGGUCGCGGUCGGCGCUGCAAAUCUCGGUACGCUUGCCCAAUCUCAGGACCAGCUUCUAGCACUGCAGGAGAUCUGGAAUGUUGCCAUCAGGCGGACCAUGAUUCUUUCUACAGCUGUGGUUGGUGCAGCAGUGCCCUUUACGUUGGGGAUGGAGUGGCUCAAUGCCCUCAAGGUGGCCGAAGAGAGGAAGAAUAUAGUGUCAUCGGUCGAUGGGGAGAGUGAGAACCGCCCUCAGCUGGUUCCUUUGGAAUCGUCUUCACGCGAAAAGCAGGAAGUCCGUAGCAGUGAGACUCCCAAGCUCAAUGAGGCCUGA